CGGACGGGAGAAUCGAUGACGCCUCAAUGCGGCACCUUCGAUUGCCCAGCUUGAGAGAGGAUUACGAGGCCUGCCCGUGCCGUGUAUAUAGGUCGCGUGCGAGAACGCAAGGCUUGUGGACCUUCGUACUUUAGUGUCAGACACGAAAUUGCUACUACUCACUGGACAUGGGGCUCUUCACUGAAGCGUAUUACGUGUCCGUAAUGGCCUGGAGGAGUUUCUUCCCGAACGGAAAGUUCAAGGCAGAGCAUGUACCUGAUCUCGCCGGGCGUGUUAUAAUUGUGACUGGAGGAAAUGUCGGGAUAGGAAGAGAGACGAUCAAGGUUCUACUCCAACGCAAUGCAAGGGUCUAUAUGGCGUCGCGGAACAGGGACAAAGCCGAGGCGGCCAUCAAGCGCCUCAAAGACGAGACCGGAAAGGACGCCAUUUUCCUCGAGCUGGACCUGGGCAGCCUGGCGUCAGUCCGGAAGGCAGCGAGCGAGUUCUUGAGCAAGGAACCGGAGUUGCAUGUCUUGUUCAACAAUGCCGGAGUGAUGGGUCCGCCUAUCGACGAACUCACCGCGGAAGGCUUCGACCUCCAGUUUGGCACCAACGUUAUCGGUCACUUCCUCUUUACGGAGCUGCUCAUGCCCGCGCUCCUCGCCGGUGCGCAGAGCUCGCCUGACCACCACGCACGCGUCAUCACGACCUCCUCCUCCGGCGCGAUGCUCGGCGGGAUUGACCUCGACUCCGUCCGCGACGGUCCAGCCCGGCGCAGAUAUUCGAAGGAGUCACUGUAUGGGCAGAGCAAGCUGGGAAACGUGAUCGUGGCGCGCGAGGUGGCGAAGCGGUAUGGCGGGAAGGGGAUCGUGUCGAUCUCUCUGGACCCAGGGAACAUCGAGACCGAUCUCCAGCGGUACUACAUCGGCUUGCCCGGUCUCGCGGGUGCUCUGACAAAGGUCAUCGUCAAAUUGAUGCUCCACCCUGCGCCCUUCGGCGCGCUCACGCAGCUCUGGGCGGGCACGACGCCCGAGGCGAUCGAUCACAACGGCAAGUACGCGGUGCCGACGGCACGGAUCGCCCCCUGCAGGGCGGAGGCAUACGACGACGAGUUGGGCCAGAAGGUGUGGUCUUUCUUGGAGGAGACUGUCAAGGAGGCGUAGGAGAGCCAGAAAUUGUUAUACCCGACCUAAUCGACUGAGAUUAGACGUGUCAGGCACGUUCAGACUCAGUCAAUGUUCUGCUGAUGCGCUCUGCAUCGAGG